CGCUUGGGGACCAAGAAACACAGCCGUAAUCAUCUUUUCUCAUAUAAAGUCAAGACUCUUAAGAAGGAAAGUUGAAAACGACAACACAAUCCGUAGCAGUUUCUUUGUGCUUGGAACCUUUUUGGUUCCAGAUCUCUAUUUAUUUACUACUUUUUACCCCUGUACCUAAGUACCCCAAACAGCAAAGCAAUGCAUAUCACGCUUCAGCUCAGCAGCAGACGUGGCUCCACAGUAACCAAAUUACUUGAAGUAAAAACGAAUUCCUGAGUCCGGACUGUAGAAAAACAAAAACUAUAUCAAAUAGUAUUAUCAAUAUAGAAUUAGAAAGAUUAAAUGGUAUGGGUUAAGUUACUUCGCCCUCAAGUUGUUUGGGUUUUUGCUCAAAAUAAGAAACAAAAACCCCCACACCACCACGACAUCCCUUUCAACUGCCUCUUCUAAUUCUAAUUCAUGUCAUCGUCACAAGUCACAACUCUCUCUUGUUACAAGGUGAGCUUUUCAUUUCUUUUUCUUUGUUGUUGUAAAUUCACUAUUAGCUUGCAACUUGUUAGUCAUUUCCCAAUGUCCUUUUUUCCUCUCUUAUCAUUUUUUCUUUCCCCUGUUCAGGAAGUGAUACUUGGGCCUUGUAUACAUAAACCCUAAAGCCCAAUUCUCACAACUGUUUGUUUUUCCUGCUUACUCUUUUGCUUGGGAGAGUGGCAAAGUUUGUUUCUUCGGCUCCAAGAAUAAUCGCCUUAUUUACACACACUAAAAAUUGAUUAUUUUUCACUUUUGGGAAUUUCAGUCUUGUUUCUCACCGUACACUUGUAAGUAUGGAAACAAACAAAUUGCCAAGGAGGAGGCGUCCUUCUGUCAAUGCGACAUCGCUAAAGCGUAAGAAUUUGGACCAAACCCAUCUCCCAUCUGUUGAAAAUGAUGAGGAAAACCCGAAGAAAAAGGGAAGAAAUCUGCCCUGUAAAGUAACAAGAAAGGGUUGCAUGAAAGGGAAAGGUGGUCCGGAGAAUUUGUUUUGUAAGUACAGAGGUGUUAGGCAGAGGACUUGGGGGAAAUGGGUUGCGGAAAUUCGUCAACCAGUUCAUCAUCAUCAUCCCUGUAAUUACUAUGAGUCCGAGAAGAAGAGCAGCCGUUUAUGGUUGGGCACCUUCGACACAGCAGUUGAAGCUGCAGUUAAGUACGAUGAGGCUGCUAAGGCAAUUUAUGGUCCUAAUGCAAUUCUAAAUUUCCCUUCUGGAAUUGUAUCCUGUGAAGAUUAUCCUCCUGUUGGCUGUGAUCAGAAGGAGAAUAUUUUGGAGAACUCCAAUUCUGAUGCUGCGUAUGUAGUCAAGAAUGAUGAAUUGCGGGUGAAGAUUGAAGUGGAAACUCCUCCAGAAGAAGAAGCAGGCAUGUUGAUGAAGCAGGGGAAAGAGUCUUUCCAUAAUAAUCAUAUUAAAGAUGAGGAAGAAUUGAAUGUUGCUACUAAGCCAAAUACUACUACUACAGAGGAUAUGGAUCAAACAGGAGUCAUUCUUGAUAAUGCAAAGGACAUGGAUCAAGCAGGAGUCCUUCUAGGUGGGGAAGAUCAACUGAAAUUGAGCCCAGGUUAUGAGAAGGACAAGGCUUUCUGGCAGAGUAUUUUGAGAGGAGAACUGUGGGAUUUUGAUAACAACAAUGGGAUGAAAAUUGGGCAGGGCCAAUGUGACCCCUCUUUGCAGCAAUCAAACUACUAUCGGCUCGAUGAUGUUGGCAGUAGUUUGAAGGAAGAAGACUCGAACUUGUGCUUGAAACCGCCAGCAGCAAGAUUUGAGACAGGGUUCGUGAUCAAUACCAAUUCCAGUAUUGAGCUAGGAAACCAACAGUGGAUAUCCAAGAUAGAAAAUAUUCAGGCCAUGCUUUUGGACGACAGUAUCAACAGUUCAGAUCUUAUUUUGAACAGUUAACUACAAAAGAAUCCAGAGUUAGUCCGGGCUGAUGAAUUGUUUGAUACCUUGACUGGGAUAGAUGGAUGGAUAGAGAGUUUUUUUGACGACACAGAAUGGUGGAUUUACAGGUUUUAGUACCAGAAACUAGCUUACCUAUUCAGUAGAUGAUGAAGAUGCUAAUGCAAAUGUUUUAUGCUCAAAAAACCAUGUAGUGAUGCAACUUAUGUACGUACGCUAGAAAGUCUUUUCAUGCUUUUGAUAUAAGCUGAUAUAACCUUUUGGAAUUGUGAAGUGGUUUCACCAAAUUUCAUGUAUUCGCACUUUUGUUUUGGAUCUUUGGUUUUUUUUUUUUUUUUUUU